AUGCCUGGUGUUCCUCCCGAUGCCUUCGCCCAGGUGAAGAAGGGCCUCAAGAACAUCUUCCGUCGCAAGAAGGAGAAGAAGACUGAACAGAGCUCGGAUGCAAAGCCUACUGAGACUGCUGCCACUCCUGCUGCUGCCACCGAAGCAACCCCCGCUCAGCCUGCUGCUCCCACCGAGGGCACUGCCCCAGCUCCAACUCCAGCUCCAGAUGCCGCCCUUGCUGCUACCCCGGCUGCCGCCCCUGAGGCUAAGCCUGAAGCUACUCCUGCUGCUCCCGCUGAAGCUGCGCCGGCUGAGACCAAGCCUGCGGCCGCUACUCCUGCCACUGGCACAGACAGCGCUGCCGACCCUGCAACUGCCGCUCCUCAGGCCGAAGAACCUGCUGCUGCUGCUGCUGCGGUUCCCUCGCAGGAUACUACCGAGACCGCCAAGCAAGAGCCGGCCAAGUAA